ACCAUAUGACAGCUGACAUGUUUAAGAAGUUUUUGUAAACAGAUAGGUAAUCUUGAAAGGUUUUCUAAAUUAUUUAAUACAAAUUUUAGAGCGUGUUAAUAAAUGGAGGAUAAUAUGAAUUGUUGUCGCAUCUGCCUAGAUAUGGAAACUCCUCAUGUAUCAAUAUUAGAAGAUCCGACAAUACACCUGCACAUCAAAUCCUGCCUCCCAAUAACUAUAAAUGCAGGUGAUCACCUGCCAAAAUCAAUUUGUGAAUCCUGUAUAUCGCAAUUGAAUGAUUUUUACAAUUUCCAAUUAAACGCACGAUGUUCGCAGGAUUGGUUGGAAACAUCGCUUCAAGAAAAGACAAGAAAGACAAACGAAAUAAAAACUUAUGUACAACCUCUUCCUGACUCAGAAUAUAAUUCUGAUUCCCUUCUGGAGUUCCUGAAUAACACGGUAAACAUUGAUGAAUAUCUAAAUAAUCUAGGUAAAGAAGACAUUCCUGGGAUAGUGAAUAUGUUAGAUAGAACUGUCGGCCCGGAGUACAAAAUGAAUAACAAAUUAAACAAGGCACCUAGUCCAAAAAAGAAAGAAUCACCAAAUAAAACCAAAAAACCUAAAAAAAUGGAUAUAGAUAUCCUAGACUCUGAUAUAGAGGUCGUGGAAGAGUUAUUAAAGAAGGAAAUUGAGCCAAAGAGGAGGAAUAUAGACAAACAAUAUUCCUGUUUUGCAUGUAAGACCAAAGAGGAUAACAUAAAGAAACUCUCUCACCAUUUAAGUAUAUGUGACAAUGCAUUACGUACUUGUGUACACUGUGGUGUUUUAUUUGACUCCAAGCAAAAGAUGCGCCAACACUUACUGACUCAUAGUGUGCUGACACCAUUAACAUGCAACUGUGGACAACAAUUUGAUACUAAAGAGAGGCUUUUAGCUCACUGUAGGAAGUGUGAAAUAGAUCACAUUUCCUCUAUGGGAUUUCUAUAUUCUUGUAAACAGUGUGGAGAGACAUUCAGUGAGAGAUUUCCACUUUAUAAACAUGCAAAAGAUCACAUACAGAAAUCACAAGAGAGAGUUUGUGAUGUGUGUGGACACACCUUCAUUGGAAAUGAGGCUUUGUUUAAGCACAGGAAGGAAGAACAUGAGAAAGCUGAGAAGGUUUCCUACAGGUGCAAAGUAUGUAGUUUCUCUACAGCGGACCGCAAAUCAAUUUACAGCCAUGUACAGAAGCACACAGAAAUAAAAGAGCCUAAUCGUCAUUUGUGCGAAUUGUGCGGCCGGAGGUUUGCCACUCACGCCACAUUGCAAAGACACUCGUCAAAACACGCUUCAAAUAUUUCCAAAUGCCACAUUUGCCACAAACAGUUUGCAAAUUUAAAAUCUAAGGAGGAACAUUUAUUGGAACAUACAAAGAUUGUGAUGUGCGAGAAAUGUGGUCAGACUGUUAAUAGUCUGGAUAAACAUCAAUGUAUGUAAAAUAAGUAUUAAAUGAGAUGUUUCACUAAUUCUGAAUCAUCCAUCACCAUAAGUGAUCGCUCGGUGCUGGACGUGGGCCUUUUUCAAACUCUGCUACUUUACUUGGUGUUCUGCCUCCUAAAUCCAUGAUGAUUUCGAUGCAGUAACUGGGACUAUUAUUAUACUAAGAUAUAUAAGGUCCUCAACCUUUAGGCCCUAGCGAUAUUCGAAAACUUCUGGGCCCCAGUGGCCAUCAGAUCUUCGGGCUAUAUAUCCAGCCCACUGCCACUUGUGUUUACUUGUGUUACUUGUGCCGCAUUUCUAUUUUGAUUACGUAGUAAUACCAUCAUAGACUUUAAGUUUCUCAGUAAGAGGCCGCGUUUCUGAUACAUAUGAGAUUACUCGCAACAAAAAUUACUUGAAAUCUUUUGUCUUGAAACACUGCGGAAACUUCGACGAGAUUUCUUUUCAUUUCUUAAAAUCUGAAGUGUAGUGGUUAAAUAAUUUUCACUACAUUCUAUUGUCAUUUAUUUUAAAAGCAAGUUAAAUAAAUAAAAAUCCAAAAUGUUUACAGUUUGUUUAUAAUAAAUAUGACAAAAUAAAGCUUAACGUUCUAAAAGAUACAUUUAAUUAAUAAGUGAAAAAUCACCAAAAUUUUGACAGGUAUAUGCCGAUAAAAAAAUAAUAGUGAUUUUCUUAAUAUAAAGAUUUCCUUAGCAAAAACAAAACCACCCGCGGGAUCCGAAAUUGAAGAAAUCUGUGAAGAUAAUUCGAACCCUGUAGGGCAAUAGGUUGUGUAGAUCCAAAAGAAGUUUCAGAAACGUCGGUAUGCAGAUGCACUUCUUGUUUUUGCGGAUGCCUGAAAAAAAACCCGAUGUCUACAGGUCCUAUAACAACUCUUGUCGCCUAGAGUCAGCCGAAUUUUAAGAUCAGGAUUUCUUUGAGGAACAUUUGGACCAUGUGAAAGUAAAAAAAAUUGUUACGUUAAAAGUAAUUUUUUGUAAAAGAAUAUUUAAUUCUUGGAUUGUAUUCUUCUGUAUCUGACUGUAUCCACUUAAUUAUCUCACAUUAAUAAGAUAUCAUGAACGCUCGCCUAAGAUUGUAUAUGUAAACACUAAUGACCUUCUAUAAUUGUUCUGGCUGCUUUUUCAGCACUUAUUUCCGAGUAAUAGGAUACGAAGCGAUGUGAGGGCGUAGGGUACAGUCCUGUGGAAACAGUACCCAAGUACACAGAAGUGGUAGUAAUAUUUUUUGUCCACGUAUCCAAGCGAAGUUCUUCCGACAAUGAGUCCAUCAAACCUGUAUAAUAAUAGUUAUAUAUAAAUAUAAAUCGCUUGAAACCGAGAACAUAA